UGGUGUACUUUAUGAUACUCUUCUGUACAACUAUAUGACAGAAACAAACUUCAAUCGACUAUGAGAUACGAGCUAUACAACCAGAGUAGCCACAGAAGAAUACACAUUGCAUACAAUAUACAAAAACUGAAUUCUGCCUAAAUUGAUCGUAUCUACAACUUAGUAAGGCCAGAGCAUACCACAAUUUAACUUCGUAAGGCCAGUGCAUCGCAUACGAUGGCUGGGGAAUUAGAUGUGGGAGAGUACACGACGUACGAAACAGUGAUCGUAGGCAUCGCCUUAGUAGCGACAGUCAUUCUGCUUCUCAGUCAGAAGUUAGAACCGCACACAUGCUUUCUCAUCCCUAUCAUAUUUAUCAUACUCUUUGGAGGAGCCACAAUAAAUGUAAUUUUGGAGGCGUUUUCAGACACUACAGUAUUCACAAUAGCACUAUUAUUAGUUAUUGGGCAUGGGUUGGCAAAGGCAGGCUUAGAUGAUAUCCUAACGCGGCACUUGCUGCCAAAGACUGGCAGCGUUGAAAGAUGCAUCACGGUCCUUUGUGUGUUCGUACCGAUGUUAUCCGGAUUUAUGUACAACUCUGCCGUAGUUGCUGUACUCAUUCCCACACUAAUCCGUUGGGCUGUCGGUCAUAACAGGGGCGUCGGGAAGUUGAUGAUACCGCUGAGUUAUGCAUCGGUUUUGGGUGGAACUUGCACUAUGAUCGGAAGCAGUACUAAUUUGGUAGCCAACAAUAUCUCGGGGCUUAAUCUGGGAACUUUUGACAUCACGCCAUUAGGUCUGAGUGUGCUAGGCUUUGGUGUGCUAUAUCUUAUGUUCUUUUCGCACCGAUUAUUGCCUGAAAACAAAAUAUCUCUACCGGAGGACGACGAUGCCGAUUUUGAUGAUAUUAUGUCGUAUGCUGUUCGCUUUGAGAUUCCGGACGGGCAUUUCUUGGUCGGUAAAACCGCUAAUGAAGUUGGUCUGUAUGAUUCUGCCGAGUUGCAACUUAAGCGAGUGGACCACAAUGAUGGGACCUGUGCAUUUCCUUUGCGGCCAAGUACUACCUUCAGGGUGGGGGACACCCUAACAUUUGCUGGGUCCUUAGAGAGGCUCGUCAGUGUAAAGUGCUGCUACGGUUUGGUGAAGCUCGCUCCCGACCAACAUCAGGGAUCAUCAGGUCGAUUGUUUGAAGUCGUUAUUGCUGACGUAGGCCCCAGUUUGGACACAUUUGGCGCGUAUCGGGACCGACUACGCAAAGAGUAUAGCGCUCUCAUACUCCAAGUAUAUCGGGGCGGCACCCUAAUAGUUGGGAAUGUAGAGCAGUUACAGCUGCCAUUGAUGCCCCGGGAUCUUCUGAUUGUAGAAUCCGACGAGAGAUUUCUUGAACUUGCAGAGAAUUCUCAAGAUUUCAGCUUAGUAGUUCAACUUGGCAUCAAGGCCACAAAGUGCGAAACAUGUGGCACAAAGGUAGAAACAAAAAGCAUCAAUAUUUGGUUGAUAGCGUUCAACACUGUUAUAUUUGCGGGUGCCAUCGUCCUGAACAUCUUCGUCAACGAGUUUGCAAGGAUCCUGUUGGGAGUAGUCACUAUUCAGAUUGCCAGUUUGGUCAUCACCUUUGGAACUGUCGGGAGCGUCUUUCUUAAAAAUGCCAAGGUAUUAAUGACUAUUAUGGGUGCUCUCGGAUUGGCGGCUGCGAUGCAGACUAGUGGACUUACGACGAGAAUGGCGGAUGUCAUCACAACGAUCACAGCAGAUUUAAGUGAAAUACUGAUCUAUCUAGUUUUCUACCUCUUCGCAACUCUACUGUCUUCAUUUAUCAACAACAAUGCGGCCGUAGCGCUUCUGCUUCCCAUCCUUCGAGAUUCAUCGAUAGCCGAGACCUCGUACUAUACGCAAGUCGUGUACGCAGUGCUAAUGGGGGCCUCUCACAGCUUCAUGCUGCCAUCUGGCGACAAAACGUCGCUAAUGGUGAUGGGACCUGGUCGGUACGACACCAAAAACUACGCGAAGACUGGAUUUCCUCUGCAGAUUAUAGGAUUCGCGGUGACGAUUUGUGUCCUAUAUUUUUACGAACAACGGUGGUUUAUUGCAAUCUUCUCGGUGUUAGUGGGCCUUCUUGGAGCCCUCUAUGCUUAUGUAAUAACAAGUGCUGAGGACUCGUUUGUGCAGAGUCAAUGGAGUACAGUACAACGGCGGCUCCGCCCUAAGCGUUGGCGGGACGAUCCAGAUGUCGAGGCCGCCGAUAAUGACGAGCAGCUGCAAGAGAAUGUCGAGAGUCGGUCGAUGACUUCAUCCGGAUCUCCCGAUACAGCGCUAUCAUUACAGGGACCGCCUGUCACGGUGGUGGCUUCAAAUUCCUCCCGAUCGGGGGAAUCUCAAGACGGCGAGAAAUUCAAACUGAAGAUAGCCAGAGCAUCGACGAACACGAACAUGACUGUGGAGGUAGAGUCAGAAAUAGUGAAUAUAGACACAGAAGGAAGCAGCAGGAGUCAUAGUGAAGCUUCAACGAGAGGCAGUCGCAGUAACAGUGAAGUUUCGACGGCCAGUAUGAGUGAAGCCAAUGAACCAUCCAAUGCUACGAGUCCGGAGCUAGAUAGUUCCGAGGAACCCUGCAAUGUCUAAAGCCAUACUAUAUUUCAAGCAGAGAAAAAAAAUAUUAUAGUAAUUAUCCCACAGCGGACAAGAUACUCACUUGAUGGGCACCAAUAAAAUUCUCGAUCAACUUAGCACACUCAGCAUCGUAAAUUCCAC